GUGACGGACGAGUUCACCCACGAACCCAAAGGAGAAAACCGUCUCACGUUAUACCCUGCCGCGAGGAGAUCGAGAACCGGGACGGAUGAGGGUGAAGACAGGGUCCAGCCUCGACAUCGGUGGAUACUAUCGAGGGUGAUCGGUAGGCGUGCGGCUCAUAGGGGCCGAGGGAGCGUAGGAGAGAUUGGACACAAGUCCCGCCGAGUUUAACGUAAGGUGGAUUUAGCGGAGGUGGCGGCUUCGUUUGCGGGGAGUCCGGAGCCCGAGUUCGCCGUGGCGGGCGCUGAGAUUCUCGCUCUACCGGGAGUGGGUAACACACCCGGUGUGAAGGGUACGAUAUACGGUGUCGGUGCAGGGCUGGCGGGUCUCGACAGCGAGGCGGUACGCCGGUGGGUCGCGGAGGCCGCGAGGUCGGUCCAGCGGCAGAUUCCGCCCCCGGUACUCGUACCUGCCGCUUCAUUUCUGUCGAGCCUAACCCCGCCGAUGACGCAAACGCCGAACAUGCACCUGCUCGACAACAACAACAUGACCGAGGCGAUUUCGGCGGGCCAACCGACGGCGCAGCAGCACCAGGAGCACCAUCAGCAGCCUCAUCACCCUCAGCAGCAGCAUCUCCCGCACCAGCCGGGACUCACUCACCAGCAGAAGCUGCAGUCGAGCCCGACGAACAACAACACGAUCGAGGCCUGGCGGUCUGCUCAGGGUGGAGGCAUUCACCAGUGGUGGAGCCCUCCCGGUGGCGUUCAGCAUCAGGAACCACCCGUGACCCCGGUCCCGGCUUCGGCGAGGACCGGCUCACGCUCCAGAUCCCGGUCACGCUCCCGGACCAAGGAGCACCCGGAGCAGCCCCUUGACUUCUCGGUCGGCUCGCUCCAGCAGCAGAGAGCCGUCCACCUCCAGGCAAGGGCCCACGUCGCGGCUCAGGCCGCCGUCAGGAUGAUGCACGAGCGGCUUCAAGGUGGUGCGGCGAUACCCCGUAGGAACAACAACAACGUCGGAGGACGACAGAAGUUGACCAGCAAUAGCGGUAGCAGUGCCGUCAGCAGGAGAAGCUACAGCCCCAGCGAGAGAAGUGACAGCGGAAGCGAAGACGAAGGCGUUUCGACCGGCGGAAGCCCGACGGGACCGCUUCACGGAACCGAUACCGAACCGUGUGGUGACCCGAUGCUGGAAAGGCCUUACGGCAAAGUCUGGCUGGGAGACAACGAAGUGCCGUGGAGAACGGACAGUUCUUUCAAAAGGAUGCCGAGCCUCGUAUCUGCGGGUGGAGGUGGUGCGCCGCACCCGCUUCCUCUUCUGUCGCCACCCAUAGCAGCUCCUGUUACCAGUCCUGAUCUCGGAACGUCCGCAACGCUUCGUGCCAAGUUCGGGAUUUCACCAGCCAGCGACGCAUUAGGGCGGAUCGAUAAGGAACCAGAACCAGCGUCCCCGCAGUCCGUUGAAGAUGCCGAUCUUCACGGUGACGUCGACGGACCGGAUCUGAGCGGGGACGAUCGAAGCAUCGACAGCGAUGUUCGCGACGUUCACGAGUCAGCCAACCUUGAUCAAGACUCCCUUGAUUCUGACCGCGAGGCCCUUAAUUUGGUAACGGAUGUCUCGCAACGGAAUAGCAGCGGAGGAACAAGCGGGAGCGCGUCAUCCCCAAGUUCCGGGGUCAGCAGUCAGCUGACCGGAAGUCACGCGGGUACUAAUGCCAACAACGGGACCAGCCAUGGAUCAGGUUCUCAGGCGGCCCUGGCUGCUCAACUCGUCGGCCAACAAAUGUUAAUGCACAAUUCUUUCGGGGCGCUCAGCUCGCAGGAGAUCCAAGCACUGGCAUCAACCCUCCAGCAGCAGCAACACACCCUGCAACAACAGCUACAACAAUUCGCGCUCUUCCAACAAGCCAAUCCGGCAACUGCCGGCCAACUUCCGGCACAGGCGCAGUUCUUUCUCAGGAAUCAGGUUCAGCAGGCAGUAGCGCAGGCUGCGCAGCAGCUACAAGCAUUACAAAAGCAGCAAACUCUACAGAAUGCCGGAAGUGGUGGAGGCGGUGGAGGCGGAGGAGGAGGAGGAGGAGGAGGAAGCGCCGGGCCUGGCGGCGGGGGAGGAAUCAGCGUUGUCGGAAGUGUCGGAGGUGUUGGAAGUGUGCGGGGUUUGAACCAGCAAAGAUCGCCACCUCCGCCCGGGACUCCACCUGCCGUUAAAGGAGCACCGACGAGACUGGAGCCAUCUCCGGAAGAGACUACGGACCUCGAGGAACUCGAGCAGUUCGCGAAAACUUUCAAGCAGCGUCGAAUAAAGCUGGGAUUCACCCAGGGUGACGUCGGUCUGGCAAUGGGGAAACUUUACGGGAACGACUUUUCCCAGACGACGAUUUCAAGGUUCGAAGCGUUGAACCUUUCCUUCAAAAACAUGUGCAAGCUGAAACCACUGCUCCAGAAAUGGUUAGAAGACGCGGACAAUUCCCUUAACAACCCCAACUCCCUCUCGAACCCUCUGACUACUCCUGAAGCCAUCGGCAGAAGACGGAAGAAGCGGACUUCGAUCGAGACCAGCGUCCGCGUUGCCCUCGAGAAGGCUUUCCUUCAGAACCCAAAACCUACCUCCGAAGAAAUCACCAUGCUCGCCGACAGCCUUGCCAUGGAGAAGGAAGUCGUCCGGGUCUGGUUCUGCAACAGGCGACAAAAGGAAAAACGGAUCAACCCCCCGACGGCUGCGAUGGGCAGUCCCACGAUGGCCUCGCCGACGCCGUCUGUGUUCGCCUCGUUGGCCGGUUCGAUGUCCGGGAGCCCUCUAUCUCUGACAACCCACGCGACGACCCACGUCGGCUCUCACCCCCACCCCCACCCGCAUCCACACCCCCACCCCCACCCCCACACUCACCCCCAUCCUCACAGUCAGAGUCACGGCCACGGGCACGGCACGUCGUCCCUCGGAUCACCGCUGCCCCUUGCCCUGGUCGCUACCGCUGGCGGCAGUUAUCACACGACGAGUUCAAAGUCCCACGAGUGACACCAGCCCUCCCAGGCGGAGGACGCUCUCUACAAUCACCAGUCCCAAAGUCAGCAUUCUCAUCUACACCCUCACCCACAUCAUCAAAACCAGAACCACAAUCAUCAUUAUCAUCAUCAGCAGCUGCAGCAGCAGCAGCAGCAGCAGCAGCAGCAGCAGCAGCAACAGCAGCGGCGGCAGCGACGCUUGUGCAAUCUCACAGAUUUUUAUCAAUAAAUAACUAUGUAAUACUAUACACAAGUAACGGUAAAGGCGUCAGAUAUAAUCGGUCGUCGGUGUCGGCGGACGAAGAAUGCCUGUAGUGCAACAGGGACAGACGUGACGCGUCCAAGACGCGGAUAAACGCGAAAACUUUAUUCAUCAAAUGCGCUUCGAUCAACAGUUGCGAUCGGCGGAUGGUUUAAUAGAUACGGGACGUCUUAAUCGGAUGUGGGUAUAGUGGCUAGUCCGUUUCCGUAUUAAUACCUAUGUGUAGAUGUGUGUAUGUGUGUAUGUAUGUAUGUAUGUAUGUAUGUAUGUAUGCAUGUAUGUAUGUAUAGGCAGCAAAAAAAUUGUUCUUUUUCUGGAAAAUUGUAUAGUUAAGGUUAUAUAGAUGUAUAUGUAAUUGUAAAUAUAGCUGUAGCCGAACUGUGCGUAAGUAUAACAAUAAGCUGAGGGAUUUGUU